UCCAUGUGGUAGCCAGUUGCAGCGUGAACGCUAACGGAGGAAGUGCAGGUUUGUGUAAUUAAGAGUAAAUUGAAAAUGCGACUUGACUUCAACAGCGUAUAACGUGUCGGUUGAAGCAUACCAAGGCAGUUUAAUCAGUCACAAAUCGCGACAGCAAAGUCGAUCGAAUAAUUCGUAACUGUAACUGUAAUUCCUUUUAAACUUCACAAAUGGGGCACGUAAAUUAUAUUCGCAUUAUUUUCAUCUGCUGGUCGUUUGACAGUUUAAAAUCGCAAAACCUCGACGAUUUUUUAACAACCUUCGACCACAUCCAGUCGUAUAAAAUCGUUUAUCCAAUAAUUGAACCGCCCGAGGGAUCGCGGGUAAAAAGGUCGAGUGUGAACGGAAAGUCGUUGAGAAUUUCCCUCGACGAUUGGACUCUGGAGACGUCGUUAAACGAGCACCUGAUCAUCUCCCCCGGUUUUGUGGCACAGAGAAUCUUUCCCCGCGGGAAGUUUCAAGGGCCACAAAACGUCGUCGACGAGGAUCCGUUAUCCUGCCAGGUCCGUCGUGGGUUUGUCAUCGACCAGCCGGAGUCCCUGGCUGCGAUAACCGUCUGCAAUGGACCCUGGAUUUACGGGAUUGUCAACGUGACUGGCGGCUCGUUUUUCCUCCAACCGCUGUCAGACGGACGUCAUCUUGUUUACGAGACGAGGAAGACUUUGAAUAUGGAUUCGGCGAAGACGCCUCCAUUCGAUUCCAGCGAAGUUAUCGAGGCGCCAGACAAUGGCCUCCAGCACCUGCUCCACGACGACUAUCUUCGACCAAAAAAUUUCAAUACAUCCAGUGCAAAUGACAUUUUCCUCUCCGCCUCGAGGCUCUUAGACGCCGUGUGGUCCAGACCCGAAUCCAGCCACGGGAGGGACGAAAAAUUUUACAUAAAUUCAAACGGGGUGCUCGCUCAGCCGAGCAACUCCUCAUCCUCUUCUCCCUCCGGCAGCAACGAACGAGUCAAACGAAAUUUGAUGGUCUGCAAUACCCGGGAGUUCCAUAAUCUGACCGGGGACGUUAUCGACCUUGAACCGAGGCUGCGGGCCGCUCAAGAACGGGAUAAAAACUUCCAACUCCCGGUCGAGGAGGACUCGGAAGAUGUUGGAUACUUCUACGACCGAUCCUGGGAGCGGAAUAAAUUGCCUAAAAAAAGACCGAUCACUAGAGAACCGCGUUGGCGUUGGUUAGAGAUUGGCAUUGCUGCGGAUUAUUCAGUGGUCGAAUUCCAUGGAUCAAGGGUUCAACAGUACAUUUUAGCCCUCUUUAAUAUCGUGAGCGCGAUUUAUAGGGAUCCAUCGUUGGAAUCGAACAUGAAGCUGGUGAUAGUUCGCAUGGUUUUGUACACUGAUAAGAAAGACGGUAUAGUUCGUCGAGGAAACGCUAGAAGGUCCUUGGAGAACGUGAAUCGUUGGAAUAGAAAAUUUUUAUUAUCGUCAAAGGAGAGUCACGACGUCGCGGUUUGGCUGACACGUCUCGAUCUCGGUGGUCCUUCCGGCUACGCUCCUGUUUCCGGUGUCUGCGAUCCUUCGAGAUCCUGCGCGUUGAAUCGCGACGAAGGUCUGACUAGCGCGUUCAUAAUUGCUCACGAGCUGGCACACGUCCUGGGUUUAACUCACGACGGAGACGAGGGUGUGGGAAAUUCUUGCGGAGAUGAGGCCUCGAUGGGAAGCGUCAUGGCACCCAUGGUUGCGGCUACCUUCCACAGAUUUCACUGGUCAACUUGUUCGAAGAAGGAAUUUCAUCACAGAGUCAAGAAAUGGGAGUGCCUGCUCAACGAGCCCAACGACCACAAUGCUACUCUCCUUAAAGCCACCAUUCAGACGACAUUCACAAUGGACGAGCAAUGCAGAAUGGAGUUUGGAGAGGGCUACAGUCUCUGCAGGUCCUUCGAUUUGCCCGAACCGUGUUCUCAUCUAUGGUGCGGUUACGGUAACACCUCUCAAAUUUGCAAGACGAAAAAGGGUCCACCUCUCGAAGGAACCGAGUGCGGUGAAGACAAGUGGUGCAUCAACGGCUACUGCGAACUUGUUGAUAGACGACGUUUCGGCCUCGGUCCAGUUAUCCACAACGUCAGAGACGGCGGCUGGAGCAGCUGGAGUCCCUGGGGAAAGUGUUCGAGGUCCUGCGGUGUGGGCGUUCAGUUUCGUUCGAGGAAAUGUAGCGAGCCAACUCCUGCCUACGGCGGUGCGAACUGCGAGGGGGACAGCGAGGAGUUCAAAGUCUGUCAAAUUAUUCAGUGUCCAGAACGAAUUGACCUCCGAGCCCAACAGUGUGCUCGACUUGCUAUACUUAUGGGAUUUCCGGCGCUGUCGCAGAUGUACAAUUCAACUUGGCUACCCUACGAGCCUGAAGAGGAUCACCUCAAGUGCCAAUUAGUAUGUCGAAGUCGGCAGACCGGGGAGAUAUUUCUCAGCGGUGAAAAUCUUGUCGACGGAACGCCCUGCUCCUACGGAAGCUCAGAUAUUUGCGUCCAGGGAAAUUGCAGUAAAAUGGGAUGCGACAACGUGAUAAACUCGACUACACUGAUCGAUAACUGUGGCGAAUGCGGGGGUCGGAACGAAAGCUGCAUCAACGUGACCAGCGGCUAUCAGCGCAAGUUGCGAAGAGGGAUGACUCGGCUGGCGGUAAUUCCUCGGUCAGCAUACAACGUCAGGGUCCAGCUGACUCUCCCUCAUCUUGCUGUCGAGCAGCUCAGAGACGCCGUGAUAACGAUACGCGACAGACGUCGACGGCGCAACGACGUCGGGAUCUUUGACACCUCGGGACGGGCCGACAUCCUCGUCGUCGAGGGCGCAGCUUUCCGCCCCCAAAAGCUCGGUGACACUUACACAAUAUGGUCACGAGGCCCGGUUUUCGCUGAGAUCGUUAUAUCCCUCGGAGUUCCCGACGACAUCCUUCGCCUUGGUCUCUCGCUCUUCGUCUCUUCUCGGUACUCCAUUAAUCGUCACGAGCAGAACGCCACCGCAAGAUACUCCUGGCUUCCUGGGGGGUGGGGUCCAUGCUCGGUCAGCUGCGGGGGUGGCAAUCGCCACAAGACAAUCGCCUGCAGGGAUGAUAUCACGGGGAAAAUUGUCCCCAGGAGAAAGUGCUCCUUGACGGUCAAACCUUCGCUCGAAAGUGAAAGGUGCAACCUGCUCAGCUGCGAGUUGAAAUGGAUUUCCGGCGAAUGGGAAGAGUGUACAGCGACGUGCGGUUUGACCGGCAUCCAACACAGGCAACUAUACUGCGUCCAUGUGUCCGUGGACGUGACUGAGGUCUCGAACGACACGGCAACAAUUAUUUACAGAGACAUGUUACCUCCGGAUCGAUGUGGACCACCACCCCAGGCUGAGAGGGAAUGCAACAGAGUUCCGUGUCAGGGUCGCUGGCUUUUCAGCGCCGAUUGGUCACCUUGUUCUCAAAGCUGUGGCCGUGGCAUACAGACUCGUUUAGCUCGAUGUGGACCAGAUGAGCCGACGGAUUCUUUAUACGAUUGUGGGAUGGUAGCACCGUACGAAUUUCGACCGUGCAAAACGCUCGACAAGCAGAGUCCGAUUUGUUUAGAGUCUUGCAAAAGCGACAGUAGUGAGCACUGCUCGCUUUCGGUGCUUCGUCGUUAUUGCGAGGUUCCAGGCUUCAAAAGGAGAUGCUGCUUAAGCUGUCAGUAG